AAAAGAGUGGUAGAUAUUUCUAGUGCUAAAGAGUGGGUAGAUAUUUCUAUAAAAACAACAUCAUAAUAAUUGAGCACUAUAUAUAAGUGACUUAACUUCCUCACUCAAAUGCACAUUUCACCACCACCUAUAGUUGGGUUUAAUUUCUCUGAAAACUUAAUUCCAAUGGAACAAAACAGACAAAUGAAUAAUAUUAUUCUUUCAAUCUUUCUCUGUGUGUUCAUCACCUUGAGCAUUGGUGUUGAACAAAUUGAAGCUGCAAGAGCAUUUUUUGUUUUUGGUGAUUCACUUGUUGACAAUGGAAAUAACAACUUCCUAGCAACUACUGCUCGUGCCGAUUCAUAUCCUUAUGGAAUCGAUUCUGAAACUCAUCGAGCUUCCGGUCGGUUCUCCAAUGGCCUCAACAUGCCCGAUCUUAUCAGUGAGAAAAUAGGGUCAGAACCAACAUUGCCAUAUUUGAGUCCAGAGCUUGAUGGUGAGAGGUUACUUAUUGGUGCUAACUUUGCUUCUGCUGGAAUAGGAAUUCUCAAUGACACUGGAGUUCAGUUUAUUAACAUAAUCCGAAUUACCGAACAAUUAGCAUACUUUAGACAGUACCAACAGAGGGUUAGUGCACUAAUUGGAGAAGAAGGAGCACAAACACUAGUGAACCAAGCAUUGGUACUAAUAACCUUAGGAGGGAAUGAUUUUGUGAACAACUAUUAUUUGAUUCCAUUAUCAGCAAGAUCUCGGCAAUAUGCUCUUCCCGAUUAUGUCGUCUUCCUCAUUUCUGAGUAUCGCAAAAUUCUUAUGAAUCUGUAUGAGUUAGGAGCAAGAAGAGUUUUGGUGACAGGAACAGGACCAUUAGGUUGUGUACCAGCAGAAUUAGCUAUGCAUAGUAGAAAUGGAGAGUGUGGUGUAGAUCUUCAGACAGCUACUAAUAUGUUCAAUCCACAACUUGUUCAAUUGAUUAAUCAACUCAACUCCGAAAUUGGUGGUCCUAAUCAUGUCUUCAUUUACGCAAAUGCUUUCGCUAUGCAUUUGGAUUUCAUUACAGAUCCACAAGCAUAUGGAUUUGUGACAUCAAAAGUAGCAUGUUGUGGUCAAGGAGCAUACAAUGGAAUUGGACUAUGUACUCCAGGUUCAAACUUGUGCCCUAACAGGGAUGUCUAUGCAUUUUGGGACCCAUUUCAUCCAUCAGAAAGAGCUAAUAGACUAAUAGUUGAUAAAUUCAUGACUGGAGCUACGGAAUACAUGAACCCUAUUAAUAUUAGUACAAUUCUUGCUUUAGAUUCUAGGGUUUAAUUAUGAUUUAAUAAAAUUCUAGGACCUAAUGCUUCAUUAAUAUUAGGGUGGUGGUUGUGAAGACCUUAUCUUUUGGAAUUUGUUGUAUUCUUGAAUGUUUAAGUCUUUGAUUUGAUGGUGUUUGUGUCAUGAAAAAUAACUUUGGUUGUUAAAUGGCUUGUUUAUUUUUGCUUU